AUGAAGACCUCGACGAUCGUGUCAAUAUCUGUCGGGACGGUAGUCACAGGCCUGAUUGCAUAUGCCGCGUACUUCGAUUACAGGCGGAGAAACGACCCUGAGUUCCGGAAAGCCCUGAAGAAGGAGUCGCGCAGACAAGCCCGAUUAGCCAAAGAGGAGGCCGAGUUCCAAGGCAAACAGAAACAGGAGGAGAUCAAACGGACUGUUCAGGAGGCAAUUGAAGAGGGCUUCCCGACAGACAUUGAAGAGAAGGAGGCUUUCUUCAUGCAACAAAUCGCACAGGGGGAGGCUAUGGCCAGUGACGGUUCUGAUCCUAUCGGUGCCGCGCUUUGCUUCUACAAGGGACUCAAGGUCUACCCUGAACCUCAAUCACUCAUCGGCAUCUACGAUAAUACCGUCCCCAAGGAGAUCCUCGAGAUCCUCGCAAUAAUGGUUGCGCAAGACAAGAACCUGAAGGUUGGCUCCUUUGGCGCUGGUAGCGAAGGAUCUGACAGUGGCCCGGGCGUCGAAUAA